GGAAUCCUAAUGGCCUAUCAACCAGCGCAGGUUGCUAUGGGUUGCCCUGAGCUUGUGAUUCUGUCGAAAUAUGGAUUUGACUUAUCCUUAACACCAAAAUUACCGCUGAAGCGGAAGCCCUGUUGCCUGUAAACCUUUCUCUUUGGCUGUAAACUGAUAUUCCUAUAUCCCUCACGUUCUUUAUUCUACCAGUGUUGAUACCCGCCCCACACUGUCGCACUCUCACUAUUCUUCUAUUUCUUGUAUCUCAUCAUGUUUUCUUUUCGCAGAAAACCCCGAACUUCAGACUGCACGGGGUCACCACUGAAAGCCUCUCCCUCUCUGCCUGAGCUGCAUUCUCAAGGCAUUCCGUGGCCGGAAAACUUGGUAGAUGUCACGGUAAUACGCGAAAGUUCCAUUCCAGAGCCAGAACGUUAUCCCCAGCAAGGUGCGGUCAAAAGCUCUGUAUCAUGCUCCGAUCGUGCCCCCAUUCCGUUCCACAAACCAUUUCGGUUAAUUGCAGGACAACCGGCGGAAAAUGGCAGCAAGAUUUCGUCAAUGUAUAUGUCUCACCCUCCGUCUGCGUUCGGUAAUUGGAGAUCUUCCACCGUUCCUGUCCCGUCACCACGGCGAUCCCACCGUAAAAGCCGUACUCCACCUGCGUUCAACCUCAUGGUUGUAGGAGCAAGAGGCACAGGGAAGACUUCGUUCUUGCGUUUGCUUCUCGAAACUGCAGAUAUAUCAUCAAAUGCGACAGAAGACCAGCGUGUGGGCUUGGACCGGUUUUUAAAUGGUUCUCUGAAGCACACACAGCAAAUUAACACGGCGUGUGUUGAAAUUUGCGAGUCGCGGUAUGACCGAGUGCUUCUGACUGUCAUUGAUACUCCCGGACUGGAUUUCAGCGAUGGGCACGAGUUGCGGGUUGAACGUCAGGUCAGUGGGAUGAUCAAGUAUCUUGACACGCAAUAUGCAGAUACAAUGAAUGAGGAGUCUAAAGUCGUUCGUCAAAGCAAAGGGGAUCAACAUGUUCACUUGUGUAUCUUUAUGGUUGAUCCCUCGUCUAUAUUGUCACCGUCACCUUGCGCCCAGUCUAUGUCGGGCAGAGCCCGGUCAGAUACCACGGUUUCUCGGACUACCAUCGGAGAUACCCAGGAAGUCAUUUACCAUCAAGAAUAUUCCAGAGACUUCGCAAUGUCCCCCGCUGAGCUUCGCGUGAUCCGUCGUCUUUCGGCACGGGUGAACGUGCUUCCUGUUAUUGCACAUGCGGACUCACUUACGGAUGACACGUUGUCGCUGGUGAAAGCUGCCGUUCACAGGGACCUAGAGUCAGCUGGGCUAGACUUUGGGGUGUUCUCUACACCCAACCCGAAAGCGGAGUCCCCCGCAUCGGUAUCGCUCUUGGACGAUAAAACUGCCACAACGUUGCCGCAAGAAGUAAACGGUCACCGUGAGAACGGUGACAUCCACCAAAAUGGGAGCUCUUACGUUGCAAAUGAUAGUGAAAACAAGGGUCGUCCCUCACGUCCAGUGAUCACACUGAAAGGGACACGGCUUUCCCGUUCCCGUUCCCGCUCUCGUCGUGACCUAUCUGCCAUAGUUCAAGACGAAAGAAAGCCCUACUAUCCUGAUGGCGCCGAAGAAGAUAGCGUAGCGAAUAUUCGUUUCUCAGCUCAUGUUGUUUCUAAAACAGAUAUCUCAACGUUACUCCCCUUCGCGCUUAUCGCUCCAGAACAGGCAACUUCCCCGCGGAUUAGACGGCCGCAGCCAGCUUCCCCUGAAUCUAACCUUUCCGCUCGGGGAGACACGACAGGGCCCUCUAGCCCUGUGGCAGAAACACCCAUCUCCCCUGAUAGUCCUACUGUCCGCAAAUCCUUGUUUCUUCAGGGUCCCCCAGAGGAUCUCAGGGGCAUUUUCACUAGGAAGUUCAGAUGGGGGACCGUUGACGUACUGAACCCUGACCAUUGCGAUUUCGCUGCCCUUCGAACAGCAAUCCUAUUGACCCAUCUCAAGGUUCUCAAAGUACAUACUCGGGAAGUUCUGUACGAGAAGUACCGAACGGAGAAACUCUUGGCUAGGCGUGCAACCAGGAACAUAGGCCCCGAGGAAGCAAAGCGUCUGUUGGAAGAUCUUGGCUUGUAAUCCCGUCGAUUUAUUCCUAUUUAUGAGUUCCCUCUUGUACUCCCUAAUCUUUGAUAACUUCCUCUGCACCAGUUGUAUGUUGUACAUAUGUUAUCGUUCAUACCAUGGAUCUAUUUUUUGUAUUCCCUUUCACAUUGGGAACAUCACAUUGGGCUUGCCGUCCCCCGCACUUUUGGAUUCAAAUCUACGCUCCUUUGCAAUACACUACUUUUGAACCCCUGUUUGAAAUUGACUGUGAUCUGGCAC